GUAAUUUUCAUCUGCAAAUUGGGAUUCUAACAUUUUCCGAUUCCAAAUUAUAAAUUUCAUAAGGGUGUAUCUCUCUCAAUCAGCCAUUUGAUCUCGACCUUCGUCAUCCGAUGGCGAAGAUAAUGCUGGGGGCGCAUACGGUGAAGAGCCAUGGAGCGAAGGUGGCCCGAGAACAUCUACACGACUGGCUCAUCCUGAUGGCGCUCGGCCUCAUCGACUUGGCCCUCAACCUCGUCGAACCCUUCCACCGUUACAUCGGCCCCGACAUGUUGACCGAUCUCACUUUCCCUUUCCACCCCGACACCAUCCCCAUGUGGGCUGUUCCGAUUUUGUGCGUGCUCGUGCCCGUAACUGUUUUCACCAUCUAUUAUUACUUCCGGAGGGAUGUUUAUGACCUCCAUCAUGCCAUCCUCGGUCUUGGAUUUUCUUGUCUUGCGACCGCUGUCACGACCGAUUCGAUCAAGGAUGCGGUCGGUAGGCCCCGGCCUAACUUCUUUUACCGAUGUUUUCCCGACGGAAAAUCGAAAUUCGACCCCAUCACUAGGGAUGUUGUGUGUCACGGAAUUCACCGGAUUAUUAAAGAAGGCUACAAGAGUUUUCCGAGCGGUCACACUUCAUGGUCAUUCGCCGGUUUAACGUUCCUGGCGUGGUACUUGUCGGGGAAAGUCAAAGCGUUUGACCGGAGAGGACACGUGGCGAAGCUGUGCCUGGUGUUUUUGCCGAUCUUGAUAGCGACGCUUGUCGGGAUAACACGUGUCGACGAUUACUGGCACCAUUGGACCGACGUCUUCGCCGGAGCUUUCAUCGGCUCCGUCAUCGCCGCCUUCUGUUACCUCCAGUUUUUCCCAUACCCUUACGACGAUAACGGAUGGGCGCCGCAUGCAUAUUUUCGAAUGCUGGCGGAGAAGAGCGGCAGAGCCACCACGAUGCCGCGGAGUAUUUCUCGAGCGGAGCUGGACGACGACGUCGAGGCAGUGGAUCCCACUUCGCCUCACGACCACCAUCGUCGCCGGGAUAGUACCGACUCCGAAUUUUGAAAACUUUUUUCUGAACCAAAGUUUGUAUCAAAAAUUGUAAAUCUGUAUCAUAAAUAUACAUAUAAACCCAAAUUAAGUAACUUAAUGGUAAGAUAACAUGCAAAACAUGUUUUUAUCUUGAGUUCAAAUCUAAAUAUAGGAAAGAACAUUUACCCA